CUCUGCGGGCUCGAGGGAACUAACGGUCAUGGGGAUUUAGAACUUCUCCCCUGAGGAGGGCGGCAUGGUCGCCAGUGUCUCCCUCUCCUUCGCCCAGGGGCUUCAACCUUUAGCUGCUACCCUAAGGGAGUGACGGGCAGGGCCUUGUGUCAGCCGUUCUCCCCAGAGCGCUCUGCGAGCCCGUGUCACCAAGUAAUAGGGUAAAAUUUAUGAAGAUAACAAAUCAUACAAUCACUCACUCCUGCUUCAUCACGAAAGUAAGGCAAGAAGGUUCUACUUCCUUAAACUCUCCAUCAAAACAUCUAACACAAUCCUAAAUCCUAAUAGCCCUGCCUGACAUCCUACUGCUGAGAUGCCAUGUGAUUCACUGUGAUGUGUGUUCUCCAUUUCUCCGAUGAGUGAUAAUCACAGCCUGUACAGCUUGCAGGAAUUCUUGGUGAUUUCUGGCAAAAGUGUGUUAGCAAUUCUUUCUGUGUUAUCUGUACCAUCUAUUUCUAUGGAGUGGAAAACAUGCUGUUAGGUAGAAAAUAGACAUGAGUAGUGGAGCUAGGAAGAGUAUUCCUAGAAAACAGCCUACAACAUCUUCCUGUUUGUACAGCCUAAUCCCAAACUACAAGCUUUGUAUCAUCACAGCCUACACUGCUAUGUAUGAGCAAGCAUCUCCAGGCAACAACUGUUAGCUGUUCUCAAUUGUAUCCAAUUCAUCCCAAGCACUGCACAUCCAGUGUGAGUUCCCCCAAUAUAAGGUACCAUGUCUGAGUUCAAAUGCCACCAUUGUGCGGAAUCCUUGCAAGGUAAAAAGUAUGUGCAGAAGGAUGGAGCCAACUACUGCAUUACAUGCUUUGAUGAGCAUCGUGCCAACAUCUGUGAGGAGUGCCACAAGCGCAUAGGUGCGGAUUCCAAGGAGGUAUGUUAUAAGGAGCGCUUCUGGCACAACACCUGCUUCCACUGUUCCAAGUGCCAUCAAUCCUUGGCUACUGAGACCUUUGUGUCCUGGGACAACAAGAUCCUGUGCAACAAGUGUGCCACUCGAGAGGCCUUCCCCAAGUGUAAAGGUUGCCUCAAGGAUAUUGUGGAAGGAGACCAGAAUGUGGAAUACAAAGGUAUCAUCUGGCACAAAACCUGCUUUGUCUGCACCAACUGUAAGGAAGUCAUUGGAACCAAAAAUUUCUUCCCUAAAGAUGAGGGAUUCUACUGUGUGGCUUGCUAUGACUCCUUAUUUACUAAGUAUUGUAUGAAGUGCCACAAGCCCAUCACGUCUGGAGGAGUCAGUUACCAAGAUCACCCCUGGCAUAAUGAGUGCUUUGUAUGUGUUUCCUGCUCUAAGGAGCUGAGUGGACAGCGUUUCACUGCUAUAGAUGACCAGUAUUUUUGUGUGGAUUGCUACAAGAACCAUAUAGCCAAGAAGUGUGCUGGGUGCAAGAACCCCAUCACCGGGUUUGGUAAAGGCUCCAAUGUGGUGGCCCAUGAGCAAAAUUCCUGGCAUGACUACUGCUUCAACUGCAAAACCUGUUCUGUAAAUCUGGCCAAUAAGCACUUUGUGUUUCAUAAUGAGCAGGUGUACUGUCCUGACUGUGCCAAGAAGCUAUAACUUGGCAAGGGCUCCUAUCCUGUAAAAUGGCAUUUGAACCAUGCUCUUUGUCCUUAUUGUGUCUGUGCUGCACCAACCAUAGGGGGUGAGUAGGCUUUCACCUCUAUGAAGCUGCUCCUCUGUCUUUUCUGACAUUUUAUAGUAUUACUCAGCCAAGAACACACAGUGAUGUAUUAGGAUUCAACAACCUUGCAGCAAAAAAAUAAUAAUAAUAAUUUCUCUGUUGUUGCAAUGGAAAAACAAGUUAGAUUGAUUCUACUGCGUGAGAUCAGAAAAGUGCUAACUGUAGAGCCACAUGAUGUGAGAAACCUAGGCAGUAAACCUUCCACUGAGAAGUUCCAGAAAAUAAACAUUUUGAACUUAGC